AACCCUGGAAAUCCCAAGUAGGAAGGGCCCCCGCCAGCAUCCCCCAGUCACUUUUUACCCCUCUAAUGUGCUGAUUUUGCCUCUUUUUCCCUCAGAUCCCCAGCCUGGAGCGAAGAAGGCGGGUGCUGAGCCCUUCCUGAAACCACCUGCGGGCCCGAAGCGCCGCGGGACCCCCGGAGCGUCCGCCAGGAAGAGACCCCUGGGCACCCCCAGGCUGAGGCCGAUCCCCCUCAGGAGCAGCCCCCGGAGGAAGGGGAGCAGCCCCGAGCAGGAGCAGAGCCUGAAUUCCUUCAGUCUGUCCCCCAUCGUCGCCACCCCCCGGGGCAAACGUCGCUCCUGGUGCCGCUCCAGCCUCAAGGGCAACAAGCGCCGCAAGUCCCUGCCCCCCGUGCACCAGGACAUCACUGAGCUGAGCAAAUCCAUCAGCCUGGACCUGCCCGAGAGCGAGCGUCUCUUCACGCUCAUCCUCUCCUGUUUCCAGUUUACUGCCCGGAAGCUCGAGCAGGUCCUGAGGCGGAGGAAGGGAUUCAGCCCCAAGGCUUUUGCUGCCAAGGUGCAGGCGGUGUCGGCGGAGCUGGAGCGGUUGGUGCAGAGGCUGGACCAGGACGGGACCCUCCGGGGCUGUGUGGAGGAUCCCGAGGGGAAUUCCCUGGACUCGGCCCUGGAUGAAGCCGUGGCCCAGGUGAAGCAGCACAUGGCCAGGUUCUCCGCCGAGCGCCGGGCCUGGGACCAGCUCCUGCAGCAGCACCAGGACAGUGCCCAGGAAGCCGCCAGACCCUCCAGGCCGACCCCGCCGGGCCCCCCCCCGGCCCUGCCCAGCUCCCAGAGCGCCGUCCUGGGCUCCAAACCCGACUACUCCCACCUGCUCCUGGAGCAGGGCCCCGUGCUGCGCUCCGUGGAGCUCGUGCUGGACGAGCUGUGCCAGGCAGGGGCGCUCCUGACGGCCUUCAGCGAGGAGACCCGGCGCUGCCUGCGGGGCCUCUCGGAGCGCCUCGGCUCCAGGACCUUCCGGCAGCUGGAGAACUCCCCGCUGUGCAGGCUGCUGGCUGCUCCGCCGCCGGACGGCUGAGGGACUGCGGGGGUCCCCGGUAAUAAAGC